UCAUAUAUAAGCAUGCGCCGAUUCUUUAUCCGCAUUCGAACUAUUUCGACGUAGCUAGCUAAACUAUUCAAAAUGAAAUUUACCGUCGUCGUGUUAGCGUGUGUGGUGGCAGUGUCCAAUGCUCAGUUCAAUCGCUUUGGUAGCCAACAAUUCAGACCGAGUCCAGCCCGCUAUACUCCCGUGGCUGCACCAGCCCCAAUCCAGCCAGCACGCGCUGCCGCAAGAGUUGUAUCUGAUGCCCGUUCUGCUUCCAUCCUAAGAUCCGAGAGUGACAUCAGCCCCGAUGGCUCUUACAACUACGUUUACGAAACUGACAAUGGAAUCGCUGCUCAGGCACAAGGCACACCCCGCAACUUUGGUGGUAAUCCUCCAGUAGCCCCUGAUGUAGCUCAGGGUUCAUUCUCAUGGACUUCGCCUGAAGGACAAGUCGUCUCUAUCACUUACGUAGCUGACGAGAAUGGAUACCAGCCCCAGGGUGACGCUAUCCCCACUCCUCCUCCAUUGCCCCCACAGAUCGCUCGUGCCUUGGACUACAUAGCCAGAAAUGCCCCUAGAAAAUAAAGUAACCUAUGAAUCUCAUCUCACCGCCUUUAAUGUUGAUUUAGAUGUAUCUAGAUUGCAACUUUUAAUGUUAUAUUAAAAUAAUACUCAUUUGAUUUUACGAUG